CUAGCUGCAAGCUUCAAAAGCUCUCAGUUUUCAAAUAUCCCAGAUGUAGCCUGAAGUUAGCUAAACCGACAGCUUUGGCAUCUCUAUCGGCCGAUUCCAUAGUAUUAUAGUUUAUUAUUUUAAAUUAUUUUGUAAGUAUUUUGUCAUGGACUUCGAUAGUCCGGAGGAAAUUCAGGAGUUUCCCGGCCUCUACGCCUCCGAGGCGGCCGAUGCCAGGUCGAAGAAGAGCAAGGAGGAGAGCGACUUGGAGGAUCACGACCACAGCAAAAAGGACCUGUUGAUUGGCCGGCGCAAGGACAAGAAGGAGAAGGGCAAGGACCGGGGCUACGCCGCCCUGGAGGGCGAGAGCUCACCCGAGGAGGAGCUGGACACCAAGAGCCCCUCAAAGUCCAAGAAGUCCAAGACCUUCAAGUUCACCAGCUCCAAGAGCAAGGAAAAGCGUGAAAAGUCUCGUGACAAGGAGAAGUCCGAGCGGGAGACCAAGCACGUCGAGGAGGAGCAACCAGGCAAGGAGCACAAGGUUAAGGAGAAGGACAGGGAUAAAGAGAAAGAAAAAGAAAAGGAGCGCGAGGAACAGAAGAAAAAGGACAAGAAGGACAAGGGCGACAAGAAGGACAAGGCCGAGAAAAAGGACAAAAAGGACAAGAAGACCAAACAGCUGUCGCAACAGCAGGACGAAGCAGAGGCAGAGGAGGUACUGGCCCUGGGCUAUCCCGUCUUUGGGGUUUCUGUUAGCCUAGCCACCGAGCGCUCCCGUUGUCAUGACGGCGUGGACCUGCCACUGGUGGUGCGCGACUGCAUCGACUACCUGCAGAAUCACCUGAAGUGCGAGCAGAUAUACAAGAUUGAGCCCAUCAAGACGCGUCUGAUGCACUUUAAACGGUUGUACAACAACCGGGAGCACGAUGCCGCCGUUGAUGAGCUCAAUUUGCCCACCGCCUGCAGUCUGCUGAAGCUCUUCCUGCGCGAGUUGCCAGAGCCGGUGCUAACCACUGAUCUGGUUGCCCGCUUCGAGGAGGUGGCCUCGCAUCCGAAGGUCACCGAGCAGCAGGCAGAGCUGCAGCAGCUGCUCGAGCAAUUGCCCAAGUGCAACCGCACUCUGUUGGCGUGGGUGCUGCUCCACUUCGACGCGGUGAUCCAGCAAGAGCGGUACAACAAGCUCAACGCCCAGUCGCUGGCCAUGCUACUCAGUCCGACGCUCCAGAUGUCUCACCGGCUGAUGGUCGCCCUCCUCUGCCACUGCAACAGUCUGUUCGCGGGCGUCAAGCUGAUAAAGUAUGUGCCCCCCUUGACAUCGGCCAGUCCAAAGCUUCCCGAUCGCCCGGAAGAAAUCCACACGGAGUUGCGAAAGCAGGACAGCCUUUUGGCUCAAAUCCACAGCGAGAUGAACGCCGGUUUCAUCACCAAAAAGCGAGAGGAGCAGCUCUGGGAGGUGCAGCGUAUUAUCACUCAGCUAAAACGCAAGUUGCGUACCUUUGAGAAGAAGCAGGGAAAGUCGGCGGAUGACAUAGACAACAGCAGCAUGCCGCGACCCGAGCCGGAUGGCGAGGACAGAACCGAUUCCAAGCCACCCCCAGCAGCUCCUUCCGUAGUUGCUCCUGCUACCAACAGUAUUCCCUCCGAGGAGCCCUCGAAUCCCAGCCCCAGCGACUUUACCAUAGACCCCUCUACUGGCUUCAUCGUGUUGCCCAGAUCGAAUCCUCACCGUGAAACUUUACUACGAUUGCAGAUCGAAUACGAUGAGCUGAUGGAUUGGGAGAACGAGCUCAAGGCUCGCAUUUUGGCUGAACGGAAUGAGUGCUACAGGCUGAAGCAAUUGUGCGAGCAGCAGCAGGCACUUAGCAUCCAAGCAUCGGCAACGGGCGUGGAGCCAAUGCCUCCGGCAGAGGGAGAUUAUGAGCGUAUAAUCGAGCACUACACACGGGAGAACGCGCUGCUUGAGCACAAGAAGCAGAUGCUUGGAAUGGAGCUGAAGGAGGAACGGCGGGCCUGCAUAGCCCUGCAGGUGGAACUGCGACUUAAGCAGUUUUAAUUUGGUAAAACUUAACAAGAAUGGGUCGAUUUUUAGAGAACUCAAAGCUCAAAUAAUUUUGAAAAGGACAACAACGACUAUUUCGGCCAUCUGCUAAUUUUAUCUCCAUCAGCUUUUGGUGGACUUAAAACUUGCUGACAAAUUCUUUUGAAUAACCUAAAGGGUCAAACGUGAGGAUGUGAGAUAUUAAAUAUCGAAAUAAUGAACAAACUAUUUAAAUGUUGAAUAAAUAUUAGAUAAAGAGUA